AUGGAGCAGACGGGAGGAAGUAGCGGUUAAUGCAGCUCCACACCUUUCCGGUGGAGCGGCACUGCGACCAGCUCGACUUAAAGGAGAAAGACGGGAGCUGGGUGUAUUAAUCCAGACAGGAGGGGGAGAUAGGAGGGGGAUCAGAAGUGGAGUUUCAUGAGUGUGUUGCUGAGUCACCGAGGAUUUUUUUCCCGAAGACGUCCCUUCCAGCACGUCGAAGUUACCUGGCGCGGCGCUUGAUGGACUAGCCGCAGAAAGCUGCUUUUCUCCCCCGGUAGCGGUGAAGAGAACAAGGGCGCACCCAAUGAGGAGGACCGGACACCAGGAGGAUACCACAAGUAGCGCGGCUUUUUCGGGGCCUUAUAUACUCACCGUGUCUGCUCUUUGACGUUGUUAAUCGCCACGGCCUGUCUUCGUCACGCAGCUUUAUGUUGAUUUGGGCAACAAAAUGAACGUCCUGCAACAGUUGCUGCCAAGUUGUUAGUGUAACCGUGCCAUGUUGUGUAUAGGCCCCGCAGACAGUGUGAUACUCUGAACAUUCAUGUCCCAGCACUUCACAGGACGCAACAACUUUAGAGUAAAACGCCUUUAAGUACUGUUUGUUAGGAUUUAACAUGAGUGUGCAUUUUUGACUUUUUCCCCACAUAUGCUCUUACUGAGUCAUGUUUUUACAAGUAAUCCCAUAACCUGAAUCUAUAGUUAACGUUACGACUCUUCAUUGCGGUAUCAGACAUUUUUCUCGUUAGGAACAAAGUAUUUAUGCACAAGAGUUCAAAAUGGGGAAAGUGCUGUCUAAAAUAUUUGGCAACAAGGAGAUGAGAAUAUUAAUGCUUGGACUUGAUGCUGCUGGAAAGACAACAAUCCUUUACAAACUCAAACUCGGACAGUCUGUCACCACAAUCCCCACAGUCGGCUUCAAUGUGGAGACUGUCACCUACAAAAAUGUCAAGUUCAACGUGUGGGAUGUUGGGGGCCAAGAUAAGAUUCGCCCACUGUGGCGACACUACUACACAGGCACCCAAGGGUUAAUUUUCGUGGUGGAUUGCGCGGACAGGGAUCGCAUCGACGAGGCAAGACAGGAACUCCACCGCAUCAUUAAUGACCGGGAGAUGAGGGAUGCCAUCAUCUUGAUAUUCGCCAAUAAGCAAGACCUUCCGGAUGCAAUGAAGCCACAUGAAAUCCAAGAGAAGCUCGGCUUGACCCGCAUCAGAGAUAGGAAUUGGUAUGUUCAGCCCUCCUGUGCGACCACAGGUGAUGGACUGUAUGAGGGCUUGACAUGGCUAACCUCAAAUUACAAAUCUUAAUGAUUGAGUGCUGACUGUUUUAGGUCAAAACUAUAACGUUGCAAGUAACAAAUAACUUCUCAAAAGUUGGUUAAGAAAAAGUUGAUUAUCUCCCAUUUAUUUUUACUACUACGUUUACCCCAUGACUAAUUUAUCUUUAUCUUUAACUGGGUUUGCUGGCUUAAACUUUGCUUGUACUCUGUAGCAGGCCAAUAUCAAAUUCAUUAUCUUGGGGCUUGCUUGAUGAACAUUGAAUUAAUUGGUCCUAAUGUUAAAGCCACAGAGAUCACCGCCUUUGCCUAUUCUUUUCCCUGUUUUGUAUUAUUUUUCUAAUGAAGCUGAAGUUUCUAUCUUCACUCUUGGACUAAAACUUGUUUCAAGGUUCUUCAGUUUUUGUUGCAUUGAACUUUGAUCUUUUUUUUUCUUCUGAGGUGAGAUCUUUGUCAUGUAGCAUAUGUGAAGGACAUUGAUAUUUGUUUUAACACAGUACUGCGAUUUUAAAAGUAUUUCUUCUCAAUGGUAUUGACUGCUGGAAAAGGGGGAAAAUUCCAACAUUGCUUACAUUUCAAUGUCAUCAGUCUUGACAUCAGAAAAACAAAUUAUUUCAGAAAUGUUUUGUCACCCCUUCCCAUCCCCUUAUGUGGGCUAUAUAGUUUACUGAUUGACCUUAUGUGUCAUGUCUUGAUACCUAAUUGUGCUGAAUAGUCAACAAAUAGGCCUCCAGUAACUCUUAAACAUGCUUGUCACAACGCAUUUUUGAUUUUGGGUAACAUGUAGUCAGUUGACUCAAUCUUUCCAAAGGAAUGUCAUUCAGCUCUGAGCUCUCAAUCUGAUACCACAGUUGAUUAGUCUCAGUAUUGGGACAUUAUAUGAUAGCCUAUAUCUGUAGCAUGAGUACGAAAGUACAGUAACCCUACAUCAGAGUCCAUCUGUCGUGCAGUCAGAGGGAGCUGUUUACUGGUGAAAUGUUGAAGACACCCUGAGGUGCAGCUCUUACUCUUAUUUUGACUGGGGGAACCAUGUACAGAACAAUGUCAUUGUAAUGUCUUAUUAAAAAAGUGAUUUCAAAUCUG